AUGCAGAUCGGGGCUUGCGAUCCAGUCCCGGAACUCGGGGAGAGUCUCGCCAUUGACACCGACACUGUCCAGAGCUGCGCUGCGCCUCUGACUAAUCAACGCAGGUCAACAGUGUAUUCCGGUAUUAGAUCAGCUAGACUGCAUCUCUUCCCCACACCCACACCCACCCCAACACCAACCGCACCCUUACUCCAGAGAACCCCACCGCACCGUUACUCAAGAGAACCCCACCGCACCCUUACUCCAGAGAACCCCACCGCACCCUUACUCCAGAGAACCCCACCGCACCCUUACUCCAGAGAACCCCACCGCACCCUUACUCCAGAGAACCCCACCCUUACUCCAGAGAACCCCACCCCACCCUUACUCCAGAGAACCCCACCCCACCCUUACUCCAAAGAACCCCACCGCACCCCUACUCCAGAGAACCCAACCGCACCCUUACUCCAGAGAACCCCACCGCAACCUUACUCCAGAGAACCCCACCCCACCCUUACUCCAGAGAACCCCAUCCCACCCUUACUCCAGAGAACCCCACCCCACCCUUACUCCAGAGAAUCCCACCCCACCGCACCCUUACUCCAGAGAACCCCACCCCACCCUUACUCCAGAGAACCCCACCCCACCCUUACUCCAGAGAACCCCACCGCACCCUUACUCCAGAGAAACCCACCGCACCCUUACUCCAGAGAACCCCACCGCACCCUUACUCCAGAGAACCUCACUGUACCCUUACUCCAGAGAACCCCACCCCACCCUUACUCCAGAGAACCCCACCGCACCCUUACUCCAAAGAACCCCACCCCACUCUUCCGAAUCAGCCAAUGCUUAGGUCCAUGA